GUGGUCCCUGCCCUGCUCAUGACCUCUCUGUGCAGGACAUGGUACAAUUAAAUAACACUAUGAGAACCUGUCAGUCAAGAUAAAUGAAGAUAAACAGCUGUGACUACUAAAUUAAAAUCUCUGUAGGAGAGGAAUGGGAAAUGAUGCAGAAGAGCAGUGGCAUUGGAAGAAAAGCUGGAAUCUGGAAAUUCCUCCAAAUGGUGGAUACUUAAAACUGCCAUGAAGACCAAAACCAUAGAGUUUUUCUUCUCUGCAACUUUGGACUGUCACUCAGUUCUGAGUCCAUGGGUUAGAAUAUAUUUGUUCAUCUUGAAAAGCACGUUGAGAUGGACCUGAAGUGGAAUCCUGACAGAGUUUCUCAUCCAGGCUCAUCUGAAGACCAGGAAACUGAUUUGAAUUGGCAAGGCAACCCAAAUCCCAGUCUGCUGAUUAAAGAUGAUGGAGAGCUGCUUAUGGAUGAACAUCUUUCCCCCAGGAAACUGAAAAUUUUGGCAGGGGUAGAUGAUCUGCAGCAAGUGAAGGCCCUAGAGAUGCGAGUAGACACCAGAGAGAUCAGCUUGGGGAACUUUGGUGUGCAUCUGCCUAAUCUGAGAGAACUGAAGUUGAACAAUAGCUUGCUUGUAUCUGUGAGGGAUCUUGGAACCUCAUUGUCCCAUCUCCGUGUCCUGUGGAUGGCUCGGUGUGGGCUCUCAGAUUUAGAUGGGAUCUCUUCCUGCAGCUCUCUAAUAGAACUCUACAUUGCUUACAACAAUAUCUCUGACCUGAGCCAGCUGACCUGGCUGGAUCACCUGGAGGUUUUGGACCUGGAAGGGAACAAUAUUGAGGACAUCAACCAGGUGCAGUACCUGCGACUUUGUUGCAAGCUAAGCCACCUGACAGUGGAGGGCAACCUUAUUUGCCUGAAGCCAAAUGCAGAAUCUGCAGAGGACCCAGAAUAUAAUUACAGAGCAGAAGUAAAAAAACUCAUUCCCCACUUGAAGUAUUUGGACAGAAUACCAGCAAGCCAGACUACUCUCCUUCCUUCCAAGAAGAUGCAUGAAGAUUCUCUAAUCAUCAAGGAAUCCAUCAAGGAAGGUGGUUUAGCCAAAGACAUUUCAUGGUUAGAUCCGUGUCUUGGGGAAGUAGCAAAGCAGUCUGGAUGCAGCCCAAAACCCCCAACAACUUCCAGACCUGGAAAUGCACAGUGUUCUGCUAAUGCAGGGACCAGUAGUGAUGCCAGCCUCUUGGCCGGUGGCUGUCCUCUUCCAGAUCCCACUGUUUUUCCUGAUAAACUGUUCACAAAAGAUGACUCCAGUGAUUUGACACAUGGACUCCGUCAAGUUAUAUGUGGGAACCCCGCCAAGGCCCUCCAUGUGAGGAGGCAAAAGCUAGGUCCACCUGCUGUGAGCCCUUUGAAACCGUCUGGUCUGACGACAGAAAACCUUUCUGGCUCUGGAGGAGGAAGAGAUCUGCACCAGGAAAAGGUGUCCUCUGACCUGGGAGCAUGGAUGGAGCAGCACAAGGGGUGCCUGCAAACAGGUCAGCAAGAACAAGCCAGCCAAGCACUGAAGGUGAAUAAAGGUGAAGACUGGAGCCUGACUGACAGCUUAGAAAAUGAGUUGAGGGAGGCCUGUGAUGAGGACCUCAUUGAAAGGAUUUCACUUGACCCUUCUUCCCGCUCCUCCUCAGGUUCAUCGCAGGCGCAGGAGGGUGCAGUGUUGUCCAACACAAAACGUUAUUUAAUCCCAUCCCCUCCAAAAAAACCUUCACCUGCCUCUGCAGUGGAUGUUGCAGCAAGACCCUGGAAAACAAGGAAUCACAGGGGCAUAAAAAUACCCAGCCAGGAGGAGGACAGACCGUGUACACAGAAAGGCCAGCCAAAGGCUCAUCAAGAGAAUCCAGCCCAGCCUCUGGACAAAGAACCUGCUCUCCUGGGCCUGCACAGCACAGUGGCUGCCUCUGGAUCCCAAGGGCAGCCCCAGCCUGUGGGCUGCACCAGCCAGCCAGGGCCCAUUCCAGGAGCAGCAGCUGUUGGGUCAUUAAGGCUCAGGCCCAUCAUGGAUGAGAGCCCUUCUAAAGAGAUCAACCACCAGCAUCCAGCUGCCUGCUCAUCCACAAAAGCCUUGCAGAGGUUUAGGCCAAUGAAUUCUGCUUGGCCCCUGACUGCUAGCUCCAUUCUGCAGUCAUCGCCACACAAGUCCGCUGCCACAAAAACAUCUCAGAACAGAAGUCCUCAGUCCUAGAAGGUACCCAGUUGCCAGCAUGUGUUGGAGCCAUGUACACAGUACAGCCAUGAAGGAUCAAAGCUAUUUUGCAGCUUCUUCUGCAAGCUAAACACAGAGCAGUUCAAACAAUUAAUGUGAUUUGCCUCAAUUGAGGAUACAGCUGGUCCAGAAAUAUUUUAAGAGCAACCACUGAUCAACCAAUGAGCUAAUGAAUGUCUUAUUACGAAAAAAUGUGGUUAUUUUUGCAACCUAUACACACUAAAACAGAACAAAUCCUAUCAUACUUCCUCUCAUCCACACUAUGCCCAGCUCUGUGAGUCAGGCAGGGACACCAAACAGAGCAGAGCAUAGAGCCUGCUGUCUGUGGAGUGGGCUGGAGGAGGUGACCUACCAGCAGCCAGCAGUGUAUCUUUUGCAGUCCUGGAUGUUAAACAUGUGAGGGCCAAAACCAAGGGCUUGAGAGGAAGUGUUACCAGAGCAGGUUCUAAGGGAGGGGUGUGUUGCCUGAGGAAAAGCCCAGACAGGCUGGAUGGUUUGAGAGUUUAUGCCCCUACAGGAGCUCACCCUAUUCACAGGCAUUGGAGCUUCUUGCAGGGGGAAUUGCUGUGGAAGCAAAUGUUGAACAAUUGGCUUAUCCCAAUGUUAACAUGUUUGUUUGCUCCACAGCUACCUGGAAGGAUUUGUCUCACUUCCUCUGAAUAGACAUUGCAUUCCAGAAUUUCUCUAGCAGAGCUGACUUCUGUCACCAGGUGUCAGAGCAUCCUCUGCAUGUGCCUUUCACCUCCAUCCCAUUUCUAGCAUUCUCAGAUCAAAUCAACUUUCCAAUUUAUUAUAAUUGGAUAAUUUUAAGUGACAAUGCAGCAAAGCAGGGGAGUAAGGGAAUAAUCUUUUUUUCAAUAGGGCAUUUGCUCCAUGUUCAGGUAAGAUCCAAAACAUCUGUUUUAGUGACUGCAGUCUGUGAGAUGCUGUUCCAAAUGGCUGUGCCUUUCAACUUUAUUGAUGUUGCAGUCUGAAACCAAGCAUCAUCACAUUUUUUCUAGUUUAAAUUACUAAAAUUUUAGAUUACAUUUUUUAAAUCAGUUUAUAAAACAGGCAUUACACUAUGAGUUAAUGAAUUGGUUUAUGCUUCCUUUCUGCUGGCCAUCUUAACUUAGAGAAGCAGAAUAGACAAAGCAGAAUAGAUUAAAACUUCCUUUUUGUCAUGGUGCUUCUUGCACCACUUUAUCUUACAAAACAGUCAGGAGCUUGAAGUGAGUUUGCCCAUUUUUGGUGUGUCCUAGCAGAAAUCAUCGAUCAAAAAUCAUUUAAAACUAUGUGGUAAGUGAUUUUAUGCAAUACUAUGGAUGCAGGCAGGAUUUCACUGAGCAACAAUGCCUGUGCCCUUAAAUAGGCUCCUAAAUCUGACUUUUUGCCAGUGUCACUGAUGAUACCAACAUACACAAAAAACAAAAGCUGGCCUUGUAAAAGAAAGAAGACACUGACAGCACUGACCCUUCUCUAUAUCCAGGGUCCUACCAGGGGGUGAUGGGUAGAACUGUCUUCUCCAGAUAUUCAGAGCCUCCUUCUCAAUAGAUAUCUUUCAUUUCAAAGGGGUGGAGGGGAAAAAAAUUCAGUGGGUGUGUAAACUGGGUCUGGACAUGAGCAUCUGCAGAGACAAAACUCUUGGUACAGAUCUGGAAAGUCUCUCAAAAGCAUCUGUGGUCUCAUCUCACGGCAAACUCCACAUGGUUCUGUAUGUGCACAGAGCAAGAAGCAAGAACUUCUGAGCUGGCAGAGAGGAUGUGGAGAAAUGCUCAGAAAAAAACAGCUCUGCCGUCGUGUGUGGGAAAUCAGUGCCUGAGGGCUUCAUCAAAACCAUUUAACUCAGGGCUUCCUGUUGUACCUUCCCAUCAGGCACCCCAGUGGUCACUCUCAGGGCUGCAGGCUGUGUGUGACUUUCAGAACUUUACACAGCUCUGCCCCACUGGUGGCCUAACCGAGGCAGUCACAUGCUGCAUGGUGGUGUGGUGUGUUCACAGGGCAGGAGGAGGUCUCCAGUGUGCCUGUUGAUCACUGCAUCAGCUGGUGGCCCAUCCAUCACCUCCUCACGUGCCUAUCGGGGCAUGUUUGGCAGGCUGGGUGCCAUCUGCUCCUGUGUCUGUGGGGGUUUAGUCCAGAACUGAGGGGCCAGCCUGUCAUGCAUGGAACAGCAGAGAGGCUUGCUAAGAGAGCGAGAUAGUGAUCACAGCCCAGUCUGAUGGGGAAGAAGGCCUGGUAGCCUCCUCUCUUCUCUCUGCCAGUAGUUGGUGCACCUCAUUUCCCAGGGCUGCCACGCUGUUUUCUGUUGCAGUUUCCAGGACAAGGAAAAUAAACAGGGCCAUUGCUGUCUGGACAGCUAUAACAGAUCCCAAGGGAAAAUUAUUGCCCUGGCUUAGCUUGUUCAUCUUCUACCCUUUUCAUCUAGAAAAUGGAAAAGCCAGCCAGGUCUUUAAUAGGCUAAUUAGGAAAUGUAAAGCAUGAUGGGCUAUUUUUGAAUUCAGUUCUCUUGGCCCAAAAGGGAAAAAGGGGAGUUUCAUUGUGUGGGCUUUUUGUCACCAUUUCCUCUGUUAAAAUCACACAUUGGUCCCUUGAAUAUAGACAAAGUCCUUUAAUGAAUGAACUUAUUCCCAUCCCUGCCUCUGCAGACUCUUAAUGUUUGUCUCAGUAGGAUCCUUGCUUCCAGUUGGAUGUGACCAGUUUCAGAUGUACAUUACCAGAGUCCAUCCUCUCAUUCUUGUAAUGGCCAGGAGCUGCUGAUGGCUUUAAGUAUCUCACUGCCUUAAUGGGAUUUGCUGCUGGCUGCCAAAUUGAUAUCUUGUGUGUAAGCUGGAGAGAGGGGCGAGAACUGUUCCCUCACCUAUUAAUAAAUCAGCACUGCAGGGAAGAGUUUUCUGCUGGGAGCCAAGUCUCACCAGUACAUGCUGCUAAGGGAGGGGGUGGUUACGUGGGAACAGCAGCCCUGCAGGGAGCUGGGCUCAGAACAAAGGGAUUUGGCCCAAAGUGACAAUGCUGCGGCGUUAGCAGAAGCAUGAUCCGUCCAGGAGGCCUCUCAGCAUCACUUAGCUGGUGUCCCACAAAGAGCCCUGCUGGACUGACUGCUGCUGCCCUGCAUACUGAAAGGCUCCACUCAGCCAGAACUUUAAAAAAACAUGGGGGACAGAAGUAGGGAGCUGUGAGCCAGCCAGUUAUUUCAGUGACUAAGAAUCGUCCCUCCCUCUGAAGGGAGCAUGUCUGGGACAGCAUCCUACCCAGACAAAUGGGCCCUGACAAGCAAAGGUGGCUCCUGCUCAGCCUUGGAUUGGGUUUUGCACCUCCCAGCUCUGCAGAGCCCAGCCCAUUGUGCACACCUUGGCAUCCCAAUUAGGUACAGGCCAAAGGAGAUGCUCACCCUGUCCGGUGUCCCCAUGGCAGCUGUGUGCACAGCCCCAGGGCUCAUGCCUGCUGUGCUUGUUGCUAAGGCCAUUACUCUCAUUGAAGGCCUGAGAUUGCUUUGCACUUGGAACAAAUUAAUCUUCAUUAAAGGAUGAAUAGAAGAUAUUUUCUUUGGCUGUCAAGGAGGAGAAAACACAGGAGAUGUUCAGGAAGGAAAAUGCAAUACGUGUCCCUUCAAAUACACACAAAUGGCAGGCCAACUCAGGAUCAAUUCCUACACGGUUCCUUGGCUUGUUCAGAGCCUGACAGGCUUGUCUCCUUGCCAUGGGCAGUAUCUGCACCCAUAGUGGAACACAGGUGCUUCUGGGGUAUGAUGAGUCAGAUGGCUCAUGCUCCAGUAGUGUCUGUCUCUGCACUGAUAAACAGGGUUUGUGAUGAUGGCUUAGAUGUCUGCUCAGUACCAUCUGUUGCCAGGUGAGACGAAUCCUGCCCUGCGAUGGCUUUGUCAUUACACGAGAGAAUCCUGGCCCUGUUUUUAUUGUUUUGUUCCUCUAAAAUUACCCCAGGAGAUACUGGAGAUGUCCUGGCUGAGACAAAGGGUCAGCCUUGGAGAGUGGAGACAGCGUGUGAGCACUGGGGCAGCAUGCCUCAGUGCACGUGGCUCUUGAGCCAGUCUGGGAAGCUUUUGUACCUUCCAGAGAGGCACAGGAGGGGCAGGACAGUUGCAGGACACCAAGGAGGGCUUGUCCUGGACUGAAUUCAAGGUGCCAGAGCAGACCCUAAGCUGGUGGAGAGCUGGCCUGGUGCAGGUGCAUGUGGGAGGGUGGAUCUGCUCCCCCAUCCCCAGGAGAGGGGGAGGUCUCUCCUCAAAGAGAAGGAUUGUGGCUGUACUUUUGGAACCCAGUUCAGCCAGCUGGCAGGUGACCCACAUGAUGGAGAUCCUACCCUGGAGGUCUUUUGCUGUCACCAGAAAUAAAACAACCUUUCAGUGACAGCCUUGAUCCAGCUUCAGGAGCACUGCAGUAAUUUCUAAUCUCUGCCCUGGUUUCCUACAGCCCAAAGAGAAUUUAUGUGAUAUGAGAGGAGGUGUAGCAUGGUCUUACACAGGCAACAAAUGCAGGGGCUCACUCUCACCCAUCCCUCAACAGGGGGCUCCUCUCCACACUGCCAUCAGAAACCUCGUGGCUGUGCAUCCCCAACUGGAGUGCAGAAUGAUUCUGCUAAAAUUAAGGUAGUAAUUGAGAUAAUUUUUAAGCUGCCAGGAGACAGCGACCUUGCAGCAGGAUUCUCCUGCAUGGCACAGCGUAAAGCAGAAAAAGAAAACGUCGGAUUACGGGGUGGAGAGUUGUAGUAUCAUUGCUAGAUAUAAAACCUGUGCCUGAGGAAGGGAGCGAGUGCAAAUGCAGGCAGGCAGGCGCCACCUUUGCUGGGUUUGGAGAGCAGGAGGAAUGCCUCGGAAGGGACGCUAGAGGGAAGAAGAGAGUCUCACAAGUGCAACUUCCAAAAGCAAAAAGACUCGAAAACCAAACCCAAGCAGCUCCAGGCCGUCCAGGAGGCGUUUGGCACUCAGUGGGCUCAACAUUUUCUUUUUUCCUAUCCGGCAUCCGGUGUGCUGGCCUCGUGUGGUGCCCCAAAUGCACUAUGCUGGUAGUGGCUUGCUGUAUCACACACCACUUCAAUCUAUUUGGAAAUAUUUUCUUAGGAAACCUGCAAUGCCCACAAAGUGUAGUGGAGAACAUCCCAGCCCCACGUUGACAUUGGAAAGAUGAGGUGCUUUUUUGGUGUUAUAGGGCAUGUCCAUAUGAGAAUGCUGUGUGCAACCCCAGCAUGUCUUAAAGAUAUCAUCUUUGUCAUAGCCUAUAGCUACAAGCUGCAAACAGGCUCAGCAGGGAUCUUGGCCCUCUUCCUGAUGUCAGGAUAGCACUGGAGGACCCUUGCAAGUCACCAGAGCUGGUCCCAAGGCCUCAACAUCUGCCACCACCCAGCCCACAUAAUUUCUAUCCCAGCCCUUUGCCCAUGUGGAAGCUGUCAAAAAUCAAU